GGUACAGUUUAUAAGACAUAGUCAAAUAUUUUAUUUUAUCAAGGUAGAUUGUUUAGAAGUAUAACGCAUUUACUGAAUGAGUAUUUAUUAUAUGAGUAUUAAUUAUAUUUGUUUUUAAAAGUGUUACAUCUAUUAACGUACCACUGUAACAGCCUCAGAAAAUAUAGAGUGAUCAUGGCGAGAUACAAGGAAGUUAAAACACUCGAAUGUUUGGCAUUAACAAAACUCGGAUAUUGGAUUGCAAAGCAAGCUGAAAAACUAAUGUUGCCCACUUCAAUACUGGCUCAACAACACCCAAACCAAGCCCAAAUAACAUUAAACCAAAAUAUUGAAAAUAUACGUUGUUAUUUAGAUUUUCACGUCCCUUGGAUGCUUCAUGAUCAGUUAGUUAGUGAAGCUAUCAAAGCAUUGUCUGACUUGAUGGAAAAGACAAAGCAUUCUUUGGGGUUUAGAGGUUCGAUGGGAAAAUUUGUUAGCCAAAUGAAUGUUGUUGUAAAGAUGACUGAAGUGUUAUUUACGAAAAAUUUUACUUAUGUUUCAAUCGAUAGUAUACCAAAAAUGAUGCGCACAGUGUUCUAUUCAAAGCUUCACAUGUUAACUGGACUUGUAUAUUUAAAUUUAGGGAGUCUUUCAGGCGGCUGGAAAACGGCUGACAUGGAGGAAUCAAUUAUUAUGGCUUUAAAGCAGCUUCACUGCCUUGAGUAUCUAAUUAUAAAUUACGAUUGCACAGAUAACAUAUUAAGGUGUAUAGUACAAAAUUGCACAAAAAUUAAAAAGUUAGAUGUCUCUUGUUCUAAAUCUAUAACUAAUGAAAGUAUAAACAUAAUAGCUAAGUUAAAUGGGUUGAAAUCUAUUCAGUUGUAUCAUACAUUUGUAACUUGGGAAGGAUUUGUUAAUUUAUUAAUACACUGUCACAACUUAGAAGAUGUCGGUAGGUGUGACGAAAUUGGUAAAGUCCUGGAAUUCAUACAUAUAAAUUGUCCUGAAACUUAUCCAUUUAAUCUAAAAAUCUACGUAAGUAGAUAUGCUACUAGCUACCACUUGCAGUUAGCAGUUGAAAUGUGCCCAAACAUUUGCAGUAUGACUGUUUUUCAUAAUACUUUGCAAAGUGAUCUGAUGGUUUUAAUCGGGUUGAAGAAUUUGUAUGAUUUAAAACUAUUGUCAUGUGAUUUCUAUGCCGAUCAAAUAAAACAAGUACUUCAAGUUAAAGGUUGUAACCUGCUUAAGUUACAUCUUGAACAUGUCGAUCAAAUUGAUUUAAAUGCAUUAAUGUAUAUAAGCCAAUUAUGUCCUUUACUUGAAAGUUUGACUUUCUACAAUUGCACUUUAAUACAACAUACAUCUUUGUAUACAAAAAAAUUGGAAAUUCUGCCUUUUAGGAACUUAAAAAGGCUGACGUGUGUUUCCACAUUUACGGAUGAACAAUUGUUAUUCUUGUUGGCAAAUUGUAUAAAUGUCGAAUUUAUCCAAGUAGGGACAGCUAUUCAACUAACUGAUGAAUUUAUGUUUAAAAUAUUGGAAAUUAAUCCAUUAAUUUAUUUAAAAGAACUACGAAUAAUGCAGUCAGACUUUUUAACUCUGUUAUCGGUAGAAAGAAUUAUUCAGAGUUGUAUGAGCCUAGAAAUAUUAGUAGAAUUAGAGAGCUGGUCUUCAAUCACUGAAAGCGAUUUAGAAUACAUCAGAAAUUUCAUAAAAAUCAACAAUUUUAACGUAGAUACAUCUCCAAUACGCAGAUAUGAUGCCUAAGUUUUAUAGAAAUAAGUAUUUAUUAUGAAUUGGUUUUGUGCUUUAUUUUAAUAUCUGCGAAUAAAUAAGUUAUGAGCGUACUUAUUUAUUCACAGCUAUUCAUUUAUCAGACUUCUGUAAAUUAUUUAUAGGUAUCUAAUAAAAAAUUAACUGCAGAACAAAUCCGACUGGUCGCCGCUUCGCCAUGGACAGGGUUCGGAACCGGUUUUAAUUUAACAGUUAGGUUUAGUAACCAGUCAAAAAUUUUGUUCGGUUGAUAGCACCUAGUUUAAUGAAUCGAAAUUAUAUUGUGUUACCUACCAUGCAAACGAUAACGAAGUAAACUGGUUUAAAAAAAACGUGGUGUGACAAAUAGAGUAGGUACUUUUAGUUCUUCUGCUUAUCGCAGUGGGCGCAUAAAUUUACAAAAAGAGCUUAAAUUUGAAUUCCAUAAUGUAUUUGUGUUAAUUUAAGCGUAAUCGAACUAGAAAAGGUUUCUCAAUUAAAACGGUUAAAUAAACUAAACCGUUAACAGGUUUAACGACCGAAACCGGUUUUAAUAUUUUUAAUUUUUCCAAGCCCUGGCCAGGGGUCGCACGGCUCGGUUUUCUAUUUAAAAAUUGCAUACAAAUAAAAAACCAGCAGCUAUAUUGCA